AACGCUUUUGAAUGUUUUCAUUCACAUCUGAUUAACGUAGGCAAAAAUAGAUAAUUCCGUCUUCCGGAAAGAAAAAAAAGAAAUAAAUUUUAUUGAAAAUCAAGUUUGCAUAUUUUUAGAAUUGUUGUUAGCAUUGUAUGUGCAUAAUUACUGCCUCGAAAUAUGUCCAAUCAUCAUUUACUUUCGGGGAACCCAUGGGUAGUCGAAGAAAAGUUUGCAGAAAUGGAUAUAAAGGAUAUAAAAAAGGAAAUAUUGCAUGUGGAGAUUGACUCAAAGGCUUACCUUGAGCAUGCAAUGUAUCAUAUGAACGAUGCACGCACAUCACUUUUGCUCCACAUGCCGAACAGCGACAAUUAUUUAAUUGCAUCGAGUAAAAUGUUUUUGGCAAAUAUGAGGCAGGCGAUCACCGCACAAAACGAAUACAUCGAUAAGUUCAGUGUUGACCCGGAUCCCGAUGAGAGUAAUGAAUUGAAAAUUGCAUCAAAAGGAUGGUAUAAUUUGCUACUAAGACAACUUAUGCAGCACAGAAUCAUUUUAGCGAACGCAAGGGCCUUGGGCAACCAAGAUUGUGGCUAUUUGGUCAAAUUGGAAAGUAAAUGGCAAUCCAACUGGCGACUUCAAGAGCGACUUAGAAGGGAUAUGAAUGCACGAUAUCCAUAAAUUCAAAAUCAAGAGCGAUCGAAUAUUUCAAAUCCAUUGUAGGAUCAUUCAUCAAAGUAUUCACAAAGCAAAAACCAGAUUUGCCA